UUUGCAGCAAUUGCGUUAUGGACUAAUGGUUUUGCUGCAUGACCAAGGAAAUACUCUCAGACUUGAAAACUGUGUGUGACUCACUAUACAUCGCUCUUGAGACUAACCAGGUAGUCUGACAUAUCAACAAUUAACAAUUUGUAGCUGUCCACAGCAAAUAUGUAGUUAAUAGAUAGGACGAUAUUUCAUCGGAAAUAUGGUGAUUUUAUUAAAUGCAUAUUAUAUCUAUGACAAUUCUCUGAAACUGUGUACUUCAGCCAUAUGAUGAUUCUCUGUGUUGCGUGUUGGAGGACCUGCUGCUUCAUGGCCUGACCUGUGAGAGAGAAAAACUGUGGAGUUUGUUAAAAACUGUCUCUCAUCAUUCUCAAAAUGAGUUUCUGGAAAACAUGGAGAACCUCUCCUCACACGCGGGGUUUGUGAGAGCGUGGGUGCGUGUCACGCUUAAUGAUGGCGCUAUCUGCAGUGCGCUUAAGCUUCUCAGUCAAGAUGAUGGAGUAAAACAAUACUACAAAGGUGACGCGUUCAUCUCUGUUGAAGAAAACGUGGUCUCUGCUUCUAACUUACUGAAGUCUCUUGACAAACACGAGCUUAACUUCGUGUGCAAUACUGUUGUCUUAAAUCACUGGAGGAACGAGGAGUGUCAGGACGACACUUGUUUCAAUGAUAACGAGGAGAUAGAAGAGGACUGUCAGUCUGGUUUUAACAGGAGGUACAGUUCCGGUAACAGAUUAUCUGUGUCUUGUGAAGAUGAUUUGGAGGAUGAUUUAGAUUCUUCUCGAACUUCCAGUUACACCGACAUACCACAGGAGAAAAGGUCUUCCAUCUCGUCAUGUCCAGGCCGGGUCAGCAUCUCAGAGUCUAUUUUCUCUGAAAACCCAGUAAUCAGAUGGCAGAACUCUCAGUCAGAUCUUAGAAUCUCUAGUAUCUCUGAUCUUAGCUAUCUGCCUGAAGAAGAGGGGACGGGAACACUAUCAUGUGACACAGAAGAGAGGUUGCAGUACUUCAGUACGAUUACCAACGAAAAGGGACUUUCUUCCCAGAUGUUCAAGUGUUUCUCUUGUUCUUCGGCUAUUGGUAACCAGGGGCAGGAGUUUAAAGUGUGUAUAUACGAUAAGAGGUAUUACUGUCGAGCUUGCUUCGGAACUACGCAUACUGCAUACCAAGCAAGAUAAUAUAUAACUGGGAUCAUAAUAAAUACAGAGUGAGUAAGAAAAGUUUCGAUUUCCUGACCCAGGUACACACCCUCCCCAACAUUGACUUGUCCAAACUCAACAUCUCACUCUAUAACCAUGUUCCAGAACUUGCUAAAGUCAGGGAUUACCGGCGUAUGUUGAACAUGGUGAGAGAGUACUUGGUGAGAUGUAACAGUAAAGAUGAAGUUUCUUACGAGGUCAUAAGGAAGAAGCUAGGAACACACCAGUACUACUGGGACUCCCCGCACCUCUACAGCAUAGCUGACCUCACCAAGUCAUUUUCCGGCCAACUUCAGAGCUACCUCAAGAAACUCUCUCAGAAAUGUGUCCACCAUGUUUACUGCUGCAAGAAGUGUUCAAGUCUUGGUUUCAUAUGUGAGUAUUGUCAGAACCCGAAGAUAAUAUUCGCGUUCGAGCUGCAAACUACAGACCAGUGUGCCGGGUGCGGGGCUGUUUACCAUAAGUCGUGCAAACGUAACGGCCCCUGUCCAAAGUGCAUCAGAAAAGAGUACAUCUUGAACAAGAAUAAAAGGCAUAUUACCACUUGAAGAGAAACUUUGGCUAGCGGCUGUUUUAGUUUUACGAUUUGAUUUUUAGGCGCUCCUUUUUUCGUGGGGCGACCUGUGUUAUAAUACCGGUUUUGUAUUAUUUUUGUUGAUCGUUUAAUAAUUUAAAAUGUAAAAUGACACUAAGACUGUUGAUUCUAUAACUUGGAAAAGCAGUUUAAAAUUGUGUCUGCUACUCUGGGUCUAACAUUGUUGUUAUUUGUAAAUGUAAAUUAUUGGUAGUUAAGAACUAAGAGUGACGCAUGAUCUUAUAUCAUAGCUUUUAUCUCUGAUAAAAGCAACAUUUGAAGAUUCGAUAGCUGCUUCAGCCGAAUAAUUGUUAGGGUUAAAACAAAUUGAUAUAUUGUCUUUUGUAAUUAAUUAUUGACAGUUUGAUUUAAUAACCAAAACGUCAAUUGAUGCAGAGUUUUAUACAAUGUUAAUUUUUAACUGGUAAACUCUAAAACUAGCUCAUAAUCAUAUUCGUUUUGUUCCCGAAAUAUGAUUGUAUUGGCUCAGCAUUAAUCAUGCUAUUUGGAAUCAAAAUUUCUAUACAAUAUUAGAUACAAUUCCAAGUGUUAAACUUAGCAUGAUCAAUGAUUUGACAUCACAAUCACAUUGUGACUAGAUUUUGUUAGAUAAUCAUUUGGACAAUACUAACGGUCCCGGCCCUAACACACAUGUAACAGCACAUCUGCACAUAUCACUAUUUUAAUCGAUAAUACUCAUGAUCUUGUAAGUAAAUAUAUUAUCAAUAUCAUGCAUUUUAAUUAAAGUGGGCUGAUUUUUACUGAACUCGUCCUUACUUAAAUAGUUUUCCAAGAU